UUUUGGAGUGGAAAGGGGGUCUUCCCCGCGCGGACAAGGACCGUUCUUCUGUAGAGUCGAGCAGCUAGGCCGGCGACACCAGAGGCAGAAACGGUCCGAAGCGAACGCUGAUGGGAGGACCGUCCUGAGGCACAUGGGGUUGAUGACGACGACGACAGCAACGGCAGCAGCAGCGGCCAUAGAACGAAGCGAAAACCUUAAAGUUGAUGAAAUUGGUUUGUGCUGAACCUAUAUCAUCUUUGGAUCUUCAAAACUGCCGUCUUCGUUUUUCCGGCAAGAAAGUAGACGAUACCGUUGUGCGUCCGUAUGCAUUAGUGUGCCGGUUCUUCUUUGACUAAUUAGUCUUUAUUUAGUCUAAUUAGUCAGUAUUUAUUACUGCGCUUUUCGAAACUUUCAAGUAUGCGUAAGUUAUUAAUGGCCGUUUGAUACGAAGAACUUAUGUUGGUUGGCUCGUUCUAGCCAAAACUGACUAGAUAAAACGUGGAUUAACAUUAGUGUGUAAAAAAAAUCAACGGUAACACAAAUGGAAGUGUGAAUAUUGUGCGUUGUGAGAACGUUUGCUUUGUGAUAACUGUUGAUGGAAUAACUGAUUAAUUUGUCAUUGCUGCAAAACGAACGAGAUAGUGGACGAUUUAGUGACUGCUACGUAGAAUACAGAGUAAAAUAGGGAAAUCGAAUUUAGGAUCUUCAAAUUGAACGCUCCCAACUAGCGAGUUUUAUAAAACGUUUUGUGCAGUGCCAAACCCGAUUCGAGUCCAAUUACCCAGAAUUGGAAACGACAGCUGCCGCAGCAACGAGAAUGGGUCUGGUCCAAAAACUGAAACGGAAGUUUUGGUACACCCGUAUGCUCGAAGGCUGUGGUCGUCUAGUAAAAUCAUGUCUGCUUGUAUCCAACAUCCUCACAUUGUUCGGUGGUAUAUUGGUCCUUUUUGUCGGCCUCUGGACCCUUGCGGACAGGAGUUUUAUGGCCCGCCUUUUAGGCUCUGACCUAUACGUAUCUUCGGCGGUUAUACUCGUCACCAGUGGAGGACUCGUGAUAUGCGUUUCAUUUCUUGGUUGCAUCGGGGCCUUCAAAGAAAUAAAAUGUCUUCUAUUAACUUUCUUCGUCAUACUGUUCAUGAUCUUCAUUAUUCUACUCGUUGGAGGAAUUCUCGGCUACGUCUUCCGAAACGAGGUCGGCGAGCGAAUGUAUCAAGAGAUGAUUAUGACAAUUCCAGCAUAUGGAAAUGACACCGACGUCACGGAGGCAUGGGAUGCCGUACAGCAUCACUUCGAAUGUUGCGGAGUUCCCGGACCGACUCCCAAUGAGAAGCCAUACAAGAUCUGGCUCCUGAAUAUCUAUUUCAACGAUAAGAAACAGGUUCCUGAGUCGUGCUGCAUACGAAAAGAAUGGAUAGCGGAUUGCCAAGCGAACCCUAUGGAGAGCAGUACUUAUAUGGCUAAUUGCCACACUCGAGUGCGCGACUUCGUGGAAGAUCAUGCGCGCACAGUCGCCGGUGUCGGUAUUGGGGCAGCAGCGCUUCUACUGAUUGGGAUGAUUCUUAGCUGUACGAUGGCCAUGAUGAUUCAGUGAAAUUCUCCCAUUUCACACCUGUAACCCACAACGUUGCCCUGUCGCGCUCGACCAGGUCGCUGCCGACCCCAGCUAUAUCAGUCGAUGGGUUAAGGGAAGAAGAAGAAGUAGUACUUGUCGAAUUUAGCGUAGUUAUUUUUCUCGCUAUACCCUAAUACUGCCGUCUAAAGACCGCGUGUGAGUUGUUAACCGUGUCCAUGCACACGAUUGCGGUGCUAAACUGCCUAUUAUGCGUGCGACAUCUUGAGAAGGUUCAAAUGAAGUUACUGAAAAGUCACAUGUAAUGAUUCAUUGCAUAUAUUCUUCACCUCUCAGAUGAUCUCGGCUGCAUCGAAGCUGCGCAACAGCUAGUACUACCGUAAACAGAUAAAUGGUAAACUGGGUGUGAGGUUUGUACGACACAUCAUUAUUAUAAUUGUGAGCAUGCGUGAGAUACGUUAGUUAACAUGAAUACAAUGAAUUAAACCAAAUUAGCUGAAGAAACGAAGUUACGGUAGUUCGUUGAUUGGGCAACAGUUCGCGACGCCUAUUUUUUGGUGAGUACAGAAUAAAGCAACCUCGUUGAAGACCGCGUGAAGACAGGUCUCAAUAAGUUAGCCAUACUACAAACUAUUACCGUUAUAAUACUCGGCAUAGAUCAAAUGCAUCGCUAUGCAAUCAAGACCGCCGCACCCGUAUCCACUACAAAAGGUCUAAAACCGAUUUAUCCUAUUCUUAAGUACGUCCGCAGUGCUCGUCGUCAUCGAGAUCGGCGAAGUAAUAUUUAUGGGGCAAAUCGAUGAGAGGGCUAUACUGAAGCUGACGUGAUAAUAGUAAAAUCUUCUCGAAUUUUUAAUGUGUUCUUAAUUAGCUAAACAUAUAUCGUGCUAACACACGUCUUGCACGGUGCGCCGUACACCAAGUUAGACAAAACCAAUCUUAUUGUUACAACGAGUGCUCUUCUGGAAUUUUCCGUUUAUUAUACGCCUACCUGUUGUGUUGUCAGAUACUUGUACAGCGUGUAAAUAUAACAGCAUUAUAAUAGUGGAAAAACAUACAAAACGCGCCAUGAAGACACAGCGUAGUUUAUAUUUAGCGGAAAAUUUUUAGUUGAUUAUACCAUCGAAAGACCCGAGCGAGAUCUUCACGACGUGAAAAUUUCGUAGAGGAACAAACCAGUGUAGAGGUUUUAGACAAAGACAAUUAUU